AUGGACACGCAGUCGGAUCUGGACAUUCCCAAGCAAAAGGUCGAGCGCGUCUUCUCUGAGGAUAUCGACGGCCCGAGCGACUUCACUCAGAACAUGGACAUGUGGAUGCGGGGAGGAACCAUGUCCAAGGGCACGCUGAGGGGAUCGAGGAAGAUGCCACGGCCGAUUCAGGAAGAGGAUGAAGCACAGCACAAUGAUCACCUUGCUGUCCCAGAGGCAGGCGAUGCAGAGGAGAAGACGGAGAGCCACCAUACACCGGACAGCAGCCCACCCAAGGUGUCUGUCUUGGACCAGACGACACACGAGGACCAAUUCAGCUCAGAAUGGCACACCCACGGCUCGCAUUCCACUCCUGUCCCACCCGUACACAAGCAAUUCUUACAGCCCACGGUCGAGGACUACUACAGCGAAUUGACUCCAGCACAUCGCACGCCAGGCCAAUAUACUCGUGGUCGACCUCCGCAAAAGCAUUCGCCGGCGAAGGAUGAGGACUCCACACCUGGUCGCGCUUCCAGCCCCACGCUUUCCCCAGUCCGCUCGCCCAUCAUCCAGCGCACUGCAGGUCAGGAUGAAGACUAUCCUGAUGAGGAGAAACACGAGCUUGAGAGACAGCUCAGCGCAUUGUCGGCCAAAUGCCAGCAACUCGAGCAUCUCAAUGACGCACUUGGCCAAGCACUGGACGAAGACCGCCGCAUUCGCAAACAGGAAGCUGCUGAUCAUGAGGCGAAAUUGGCUGAAGCUGCCCGACGUGAGCGCGAUUUGGCUGAGAUGAAGGAGGCUGCCUACCAACACAACGACGGCUUCCGACGAGAGUUUGGGGAUUUGAAAGAGAAGCUUCGCGAGCAGGAGAGACAGGCAGAGACAGAGCGAGUUGGUAACGAGGACUCGAAGCAAGAUCUCCAGGCAGAGUUGCUGCGACUUCGGGAGAGGAUGGAAGUAGACAAGAUGGAACACAACCAGCAGAUUAGAGCACUCGAGCAAGACCUCGAGCUGGCGCGACGUGGAAGAGACAAUGCCGAAGAGACGGCAAGGGUGCAUCGUGAAGAGCUUGAAGAGCAGAAUGAGAUUCACCAGGAAGAAGUGGCUCGGUUCAGAGAAGAGUUGAAGGAUGCCAGGGAUACCCAAACUGCUGUCAAGAUGCUGGAGGCUCGUUUGAAAGAGGCCAAUGAGCACAUGGCGACGCUAAGAGCUGCGAACGGCGAGGCGAACAAGACGAUUCUCAGUUUGCGAGCGAAGCUCUCCAAAGCGAAGCAGGGUAAUGAUGAAGAGACUCAAGUCGCAGUAGCUGAUCGCAGUCGUGCUGUUGAAUUCGCUGCAAACCUUCAACGCCAACUCCACGAGCUCAAGCAGCAGCUCAAAGAUGAGCAGUCCGCACAUGAAGAGGAGAUGGAGCAGCUCAAGUGGAGACACGCCCAGGGAAGAGAGACAUCUCAAGACGAGCUCGAAGUCGUCCGUGCAGAACUCGAAGCCAAACAAACCGAGCUCAACGAAGCCAUCCUCGAACGCGACGAAGCUAAGGACAGCCUCCAAUCACGAGAAUCGACCGAGGCAGACUUACAAGCCGAAAUCGACGACAUGAAGCUCGUCAACGCGGAACUCGAUGCUAGGAUCACGGAGAAGAUGCAGCGGCGGGAGAAGUACUGGCGCGAGAAGCUCGAGGAGGCGGAUAAGGAGCGGGCGUUGAUGGCGAAAGCGUUGUUGCAUCAAUGGGGGAGGGAGGAGGUGGGGAUUGAGAGCCCCCAGAUGUAUGCUUAUAAGUAUUUGAAGAAGGGGAGUAUCCCGGUGGAGACGUCGCCGAGCAAGGCGACGGUCGUGGGUUGA